UGGCGGUUCUCUCCUUCUUCUCCCAUUGGCUCUCCCAAUUCUCAGCAUCCCCCACCGCAUGUAAACACUUUCAAACUCACCGUUGUCUCUCUCUCUCUCUCUCCGAACCUCAAACUAACAAAGGAGAGGGAGCAAAGCGUGGUUGCGACGCGGGUCUUAUUUUUCCAAGUUCUCUGUUCUCUGCAUUCGGUACUUACCCCUCGCGCGUGUUAGUUGUGUUUAGUUAUUAGUUUGUGUUUAGUGACGUUUGUCAUGUCGCAUUUUGUGUUACCUCUCGUCCAAAAUUAGUCUUUUAAUUUAAUUUUAUAAAAUUAAAUUUUUUAUUGCAAUUUUUAAAAUAAAAAUUCAUCAUGGCUGUCAUUUAUUUAACAAUCUAUUUAAAUAAUUUAUGAUAUUAGUUGUGUGAAGUUAGUUUUAUGUUAAAAAGUGUCAAACGAAGGUCGGAUCUACGGUAACAAUAGCAAGGGUGCCAUGUUGUUUUUUUUAUCAGCAUCUGGGGGUACGGGUCCUGAAAUUUUUUUCUAUUCACUAAAAUAAAAUAAAAUAAAUAAAGCAAGAUUUCAGUGAAGAAAAAAAUAUUAAUAAAAAUAAUUGGGAAAGUGUAAUAUAAUAUUUUUUUGUUUUGUAAAUAAAAAUAAAUAUUUAUUUAUAAAAAUGAAUGGAAAUACUGUCGAGGAUAUUGAAAUGGCUGAAAUGGAUGUUAAAAUAAGUGAAACAACGCACGGUACAAUUGAUUAUUCAAGUUAUCUUAAUAACAAUAAAAAUAAUCAUUUAAAUGUCACUCCUAAUAAUUUUAAUAAUAAUUAUAAUAAUAAUAAUUGGUCAGGUUCGUUUGACAGUGCAGACAGUGGAUAUCUGUCAUGUACGUCGUCGACUGCAAGGAAGUCUAUCAGCAGGUCGAGGGAAGUUAAGAAGUACUGGCUGAGAAGCGAGCACCGAAAAUCAUUGAAAUUUAACAGCCUGAUGAAUGGCUCCGAGGAUUCUGGCUUCGAGGAGCCGAGUCUCGACGGAAAUGGGAGCAUUUCUAUGGACAGGAAUCAAUUUCGCGCUGAUUUAAAGAGCCACAGGUUGAGAAAUCGCAACAGGAUUCAAUUGGGAGCAGUUACUCCUGCAACAGCGGUGUCCAAGACUCAAAUUACGCCGCUGUCGCCAUGCACUGCGACUACUUCGACUUAUAUGGCUUGCGAGCCGGUCCAGGAAGACGUCGAAAAAAUCCGGGCUGUGCCUCAAAGCACACCCUACAUUUGCAGCGAGGGUAAAUUAAUUGAACCAUUCAUCCCCCGAACUCCGGUGAAGCUUACCUUCUCGCCGAAGACCAGCAAGCCUCCGGCGAUAACGUCGGUGGAGAAUAAAAAAUUCAGCAAGUUGAAGAUCAGCAAUCUCAGCAAAAUUACCAAGCCGGUGGAACCCAGAAGGCUGAAUUUUAGCAAGCGCACUUGCACUAAUUGUAAAGUUGGUGGCCGGCCGGAUUACACCGGAAGAGAAACUGUGGACAUUUUGAGCCUCUUGGGGGACAAAAGCAACCACUGGCGCGCUAUCGGGAAAAUCCUUUCGUAUUUAAGCCCCCAAGAUUUGUGCGCGAUAAGCAUGGUGUCUCAGGUAUGGCGGAAAAUUUGUUUUAGUGACACUGCUGCUAACUUGAGACGGCUCAACCAAGUUUACGUCAGGCAGAACACUAAGGAAAAUUUGGUGGUUAUUAAAAAUAAAAGUGACAUUACGUCCAGUCCUAAAUCUACGAGCAGGUUAGUCAAGAGGAAUUAUCUUACGGAUGUACAGAAUGUUCAAGCUACUCCUGGGCGCAGAGCUCCACCACAGAGUCCACCUGUAUCGCCUAGCAAAGUUAAAUUUCAUUCUUUUGUUAAGGCUUCCCGAGCUCUGGCACCAACGGAGCGUCUCUGUCGCUGCCCCAAAUGUUCCUUUGCGAGUCACGUCGACGCUGCAAGGAAUGUCGGCGUAUGUACACGAGAAGGAUGCCGGGCCGAAUUUUGCCCAGACUGCGUCUCGACGCCGCACUCAGGACCCUGCAAAACCCCGCUGUUGGCGACGCCAACCAAGAGGAAAAAAGCUCCGCUGAUCGUCGGCUCCAAGCAAAGCAAGCGGAAUCUCAGGCGUCUCUAGUUUUAUUUAUAAGUUGUCGAUCCGAUAAAUGAAUAUCAGCAGCGUUACAAUUUUACAAACGGCUUUUUGCGUUAAAGGUUUAAAGUUUCUUUUUUUUUUUUUUUUUUUUUUAUUUUUGAGUAACGGAUGCUGCUCUGUACUCCGUGCAUCUGAAUUUAGAUGCCAGUCUCUACUCUUCGGUCUGGCCAGACGAGUUUUUUGCUCGCCCCUUAGUAAUUUCGGCAACCAGCAAUUACCCCACCAGCAGAUUGCCAAUAAUUGAGUUUAUUCAUUCUACUGGCUCGCUGCUGAUAUUUAACUUGUUUAUUGCGGCCAUUUUUUUAUUAUUAUUGUUAUUAUUAAAUUUUCCUUCGGUCACUAGUCUUUUGAGUUUAAUACUUAUGUAUUUUAUUUAUGAAGGAAAAUUUAUUAAGAUUAUUUAUUAGUUAAGAUACUCGUUGUAAACAUUUCUCGGAUUUGUGACCUCACUUUUUUAAAUCCUGUGCCAUUUUUUCGCCAUAUUAUUUAUUCUUUUAUGUUUCUGUUUCUGGGAGGAAAAGUUUUGCGAAAAUUUAUGUCUAGGGCUCUGUAAAUUCUU